UCUUUAGUGCUAUCUCCCUCUCUUGGAUUUAGGGGCCUUUUUUUGGAAUCCAGCAAAACCGACAACAGUCUCUCUUAAAACAUUUGCAUCUCAAACUCAUCAAAGAGAGUAAAUAAAAGACCAUAAACUAUACUUCAAAAAAAGAAAAGGAGGAAAAAGAAAAGAUACAAAAACCUAAAACAAAGACAUCCCUCUUUUAUUCUUCUCUUCAUCUCUUUAGCAAAAAUCUCAUUUUGUAAAUUUUUGCAAAGAAGAAGAGAAGAAAACAAAACUAACAAAAAUGGGUGCGUAUAAAGCUGAAGAUGACUAUGAUUACCUAUUUAAGGUAGUUUUAAUCGGAGAUUCAGGUGUUGGUAAGUCAAAUUUACUCUCUAGAUUUACUAGGAAUGAGUUCAGUCUCGAAUCCAAGUCUACCAUUGGUGUUGAGUUUGCUACUAGGAGUUUGAAUGUUGAUGGUAAAGUCAUCAAAGCUCAGAUUUGGGACACUGCUGGUCAAGAAAGGUACCGUGCCAUUACUAGUGCUUACUACCGAGGAGCUGUUGGCGCACUGCUAGUGUAUGAUGUCACUCGACAUGCCACAUUUGAGAGUGUCGAGAGGUGGUUGAAGGAGUUGAGGAACCACACAGACCCUAACAUUGUCGUAAUGCUCAUUGGAAACAAGUCUGACCUGCGUCACCUUGUUGCUGUCUCAACUGAAGAUGGGACAUCCUUUGCGGAAAGAGAAUCACUUUAUUUCAUGGAGACUUCUGCAUUGGAAGCAACUAAUGUAGAAAAUGCAUUUGCUGAAGUGCUGACUCAAAUUUACCGAAUUGUAAGCAAGAAGGCAGUGGAGACGGGCGAUGAUGGAUCAGCUUCAGCUGUACCUGCCAAAGGUGAAAAAAUAAACAUCAAAGAUGAUGUCUCAGCACUUAAAAGAGUUGGGUGUUGCUCUACUUAGGGCGUAACAAGGAUCUACUGAAUAUUUCUGCUUGAUAUGGUUUGUUUAUUUAGCUUCAUCUGUAAUUUCAUUUCUGUGAAUGAUUCCUUAAGAUAUCAAAACUGGGGAGAUGAUGAAAAGAGAGAUAGUAGCGAAGUAGUAGCCUUGUUUUUAGUAGACUUAUUUGCUGUAAUGAAAACCGAGUGUUAAAGAGAGUUUAAGUACGGAACACAUCUUCCCUAUGUUUCUUGGUUUAGUAUUUAUAUUUAUAUGUAACUUCAGUUUGUGACGAUUAAGAUUACAAUCAGAAUGUGAUGUGGCGAGGACAGGGUUUAUUUGGCUUUGCAUCUA